AUGCCGGGUCUCACGACGUCACCCCCAUUCCCGGACAAUGUUCCCACCCACCCUCUGUUGGUCGCCGAUUACUCUCUCCUGAAGGCUGGCGACGAGGCAGAGAUUGCAAAGCUCUGGAAAGCGGCGACCGAGCUGGGUUUCUGGUAUUUGAAGAACCAUGGAGCAGAUGAAGAGGUCAAGGCAAUGUUUGAUAUGGGUGCUGAAACGAUGGCGCUCCCACUCGAUGAAAAAAUGAAGUUCGAACAAGGCGAUGAGGGCAUGUCAUUUGGAUAUAAAGCAGCUGGAGCGAAUGCGACUGACGAGAAGGGAAACCUGGAUACCGUCGAAUUCAUCAACAUCUCGAAGGACGAUGCCUUAGCCUGGCCGAGUACUGUUCACCGCACCUAUCCGUCCACCGUCAACGCCCGCAUGGAGAACACCAUCAAGACAUUUGUUCAGAAAUCCCUCGAAGUGAACAACACGCUGUUGGCCAUCUUCAAUGAUAUGCUCGGUCUGCCGAAAGGCACGUUGUUAAAGGUGCACGCACGCGAGGAAAACAGCGGGUCCGAGGCUCGAUGUAUCAAAAACCCUCCUCCGACCGACCCUGCCGCUGAGACGAAGGCAGCUCUCGGUGCCCAUACCGACUUCGGCUCUUUGUCAUUCUUGCACAACCGCUUGGGUGGUCUGCAGGUCAUGGUGCCUGGCACUGAGGAAUGGCAGUACAUCAAGCCGAUACCUGGUCACGCUGUCUGCAAUCUUGGCGAUGCAAUGGCCAUCUUCAGCGGUGGUAUCCUUCGCUCCAACUUGCACCGGGUCGUGCCGCCGCCUGGAGAGCAACGCAAGUUUGAGAGAUGGUCACUCGUAUUCUUCACUCGGCCUGGCAAUUCAGUCGUACUGGAAGCGCUCACGAACGAGAGUCUUAUGAUUGCUGAGGCCGUAUCUGAGGCUCCAGACACCGGUAUCUAUCGCUCUGGUCAAACCGCAAGUCAAUGGUUCGCUAGACGCAUCAAAUAUCAGAGGAUUAAGAAUCAGAAGGGUCCAGAAACUUGGAGGGCUAGUCGCGGAACAGAGCAUCGUCCCGAGGCCGCUUGA